GUGCACCGCGCCGAGUAUGCGCCGGACUGCCCGUCCCACAAUGCACCGCGCCGAGCCUGCUCACUCCACACUGCACCGUGCCUGGACUGCCCGCCCCACAGUGCACCGCGACAAGCCUGCCCGCUACGCAGGACACCGCCCCACAGUGCACCGCGACAAGCCUGCGCCGGACUGCCCGCCCCACAGUGCACCGCGACAAGCCUGCGCCGGACUGCCCGUCCCACAAUGCACCACGCCGAGCCCGCUCACUCCACAGUGCACCGCGCCUGGACUGGCCGCCCCAUAAUGCAGCGCGCCUAGACCGCGUCGGACUCCCAGCCCCACAAUGCAACGCGCUGCGACUGCGCUGAACUGCCCGCUCCACAGUCCACCGUGAAGGGUCCGGCCGGGAUUGCCCGCUCCAUAGUGCAGAGAGCAGGGACUGCCCGAUCCACAAUGCCCCGGGCCUCCACAGCCCGGAAACUACCUGCCCACAGUGCACUGCGGCCAUCUCGCGUCGCGCCCGCUGAGGUGGGACUGUGGAAGUACAGGAGAUAAAUGCUGGUGUCACAGGUAUAUGCGUGCUAGAGAGAAGGGCAGGCCCAGUGCUUGGGGCACUAGCCUGGAACUUAGGAGCCCUGAGUUCAGGUCCCUGCUCUGCUGAGAGUCCCUGUGUGACGCCGUGCCAGUGAAGCUCGCUGUGCCUCAGUUUCCCAUCGGUAAAACGGGGAUGAUGUUGCACCCGCUGUGAAUGCUAAAUAAACGUUGUGAGCUGCUUACAUACUGCAGUAAUAGGAUAGAUUAUUCCUGGGAAGUAAACAUUCCACAACAAAUUGGACGUACAGCACUCACGACACACCAGGCUUCUAUGCAACUUGUACCUGCUGCGCUGCAUCGAAGGACUUCUGUCCAUAAUCCACAAGGCACUGCAGCCCUGACCCUUCCUGGCCGGGAGCUACGAAGGCAGCUGAACUACACAACCCACAAUGCACCUGUUCUUCACGCCCCAGCCAAUCAAGCUCACAGUAGCACUACAAACGCCCUCACCUUCACCAAAGCAUCCUGCUCCUAGGGAUGGGGCAGAGCUCCACAGGGAUAAAGACAGUGACCAACCUAAUCCCACAAUAUACCUUGUCCGUUCAGAUCUAUGCCUUCCACCACACCCGUGUUUAAGAUUGUUUCCCAGAAAGUACACCUUGCCCAAACAACUACAUUUCUCUGGAAGUACCAUGUUUUUUGGAGCUGUUGGCAAGUGGAAUAUAUCUCUGACAAAACAACACAGAAGCAUGCCUGACACCAGGGCUUCCCCCAGGACCAGGAGCUCUACCAGAGUCAGUCAGGACUCCAGAGCAGCAUCUCCCUCGAUGGCCCUGCGCCAUAAAAUGAAAGAGAGGGUCCGGCAGUCCGUGGGGAGAAAGCACUUUUCUGAUCCAAGGAGGCAAAGCAUUUCUGACAAAACCUCCCUGCAAAAGAAGACACCAACUAUUCUCCCUGAUCUUGAUAAUGAUACGCCAAGGGUGGUGCUCAGAAGAAUCAUCCAGACCCAGCCACAAGUUUCCCCUCUGGUUCCUAAAACGAGUGAGACCAAAGAACCUGAAGAGCCUGGAUCACAGCCUCCAUCUGAGAGAAUUUCCAGUGGCCUGGAAAUGCACCUGCCAGACUUUGUUCCUGAGGGCACAGUCAUUACUGCAUUACACAUGAGUAGGAAGAAAAAGAAGUUCAGCAUUUCUGAGUUUGAGAGAGGAGCAGAUGAGCGACUUCCUCGAAAUCUUGCUGAGCCAGCGUUGGACAACUCUUCUCUGACAAGGUCUCUUCAGAUCUCUCUCGCUACCCCGGUACCACCAGAGUCUGUUGAAAAAAGAGGCUUAAUCCGCAGGCCAAAGAAUCGCAAAACUGUCAAUGUGGAGGCUUUCGAAGGAGGCGUGGAGCAGAAUUUGUUGCAGAUAAGAGGCACACAAAAUUAUCUGGCAGAGUCACAAGCAACGUCCAUGAUUGGAAUGACCAUGGGGACGAGUGAUACUGAAAUCAUCCUCAGCAACACGGAGCUCUUUGCUCAGCCGCAGCUCGGUGAACAAAGCCAAGCAGGGUUUUCUGCUCCUGAACAAAAGCUCCUGAAAGGAAAAAUUCCAGUGCAAGGGAGAAAGGCUUCUAAUGCAGCUACUGAGGAGGGAAUGGUGCCUGAUGUGGAUGCUGAGGAGGGCAUGCCAGAGACACUUCAGAAGAAGGACUUGGCCCGGGAUCCUGAACACACUGACCAGAUGGCCGCUGAGUCUUGGGGACGGGCUGUGAGCCUGAGCUCAGAGCAGCGAGAACGUACCCAAGGGAGCAGUUAUGCAGAGCAACUUCCUGAAGCAGAAGAGCAGGUGGCUGGUGUUGAGUACCGUAGGAGCCGAAGAGAGUUGAGCUGGGACCUGCUGUCUUCUGACAGACCAAGCUCCUCACCGCCAGCUGCCUCCAGGAAUCUGAGCAGACGUUCGGACACCCUGCCUGCUCUACAGCCUGUGAAGUCCAGCAGGCCAUCAAUGAGAGAAACUGUCGCCAAUAUAAUUCAGAAGCUGGAUGAUGCAGAGGAGAGUGAAGAGGUGGCUGAUGUGGAGCAGGAAAUGGAGGUUGACGGUGCUGAGCAGGAGGAGGCUGUCAGUGAGGUUGUCGAGAGCCCCAGAAGUGCUAGAACCCGCAGCUUGGGCAGGCAUUCUAGCGCCAUGUCUGCUCAGUAUCCUGAGCAAUCUGGAAGGAAAUUGACGAAGGAAGCUGUCGAACGAGAAGCUGAGCUGGAUGGUGGAGCUGUAAUAGGAGAGGUGGGUCACUCCGAAGAAGAGGAGAUGACUGAGGAGGAAGCUGAAACUGAGGAGCCUGAGAGUGAAGAGCUGUCCAUGAAGACACCUGCAUUCGUCCGUGCUAAAGCGUAUAGAUCAUCUCCCUUGCUUUCAACCCCACGCACCCUGAAAACUGCUGCUUCCAGGUUUCCCCCAAAGCCUCCCCGAGCUCAACAGGCUGCAAAGAGAACAGCGAUGGCUCCCAGGAGAAAGCGAGAGCCUGCACUACCCAGCAGCUUGGUGAAGAAGAUCUUUAGCCAUUAUGUGAAAGUGCCAGUGGCCAGAGAUGCAUUUAAGGUUGUUGAGAAGUGCGUGGAGGUGUACUUCAGGCAGCUCAGUAACGACCUGGAGGCUUACACUCUGCAUGCUAGGAGGAAGACUGUGGAGGAAGCUGACCUGGAGCUCCUCAUGAGAAGACAAGGGCUGGUGACAGACAAGAUGCCUCUGCAUGUGCUGAUAGAGCGCCACCUUCCUCUGGAACAUAGGAAGCUACUGAUUCCAGUUGCCAUGAGUGGAAAUAAAGUGAUCCCUCACAAAUAGAUGUGUGCUGCCUGCGGCGUGCCUAGGUGCAAGGGAACUUUACACCGCAGCAGAGACUGGCUUUCCGGUGCCUCGUGGUACCUGUCUGAGUCCCUGUGGCGGUCGGUCGUACGUUAGAAACCUGAGUCAGGCCUAAGGGUGUCGAAUAGCCAGUGGAGGUUAUUCUCUUGAACUGACCCUCUGAGUUGUGCCUCCUGUCACUGACACUCACUGGGUCUCCUAAGUGACCAGUGGAGCCCUCCGGCUGAUGGAAAUGACUUCCCUGUGCUGUCUCCACAUCACACGCCCAUGCCGAUGAGCUGCUUUGUCUCCGAAUGUGUAAAAGUCAAUAAAAGGUGGGUGUUUUGCAGCGCCCAAGUGCUGUGUGUUCCUGGGAACUGCUAACCCCUUACAUGGUU